AUGAUCAACCUAGCAGCAGAAGCCGUGAGGAUGCAGACUGUUAUCGGAUACUACGCAUACGAUACAUACAAACAACAAAGAUACCCAGAGAUGAGGACGAUUUGCAAUUUUUUCGAGCAAUGGGGAGUCUCCGACAGAAUUGGCUUGGAUGCAUAUGUGGCUGUUUUGCGGCUGAUCGAUCACAAUGUGAGAGCAAUGGAUCCAGACUAUCUUUGGGAGGAUGACCAUGUGUAUCACAAGGUCGUUUGCCGCAUCAUGGUUGCCUUGAAGACAGGUGACCAGCGGGUCGAUAAAUAUAAUGAGUACGAGGAGCAGGAGAUGGGUGAGGACCAAGACGAGGCGAAGCAGAGCCCUUGGGCCCGGUUCAUCACUGAAGCAAAGCAGCUUCGGAUUGUUUGGACUGAGUCGAAGAAGUUUCGAGCACCUGUGGAGGUUGCCUAUAUUGCUGAUGGCUCGGAUUGGCUUCCUGAAGCUCAAGACUUUGUAACCAACGCGCAUAAGGAUACUGCUGAUGGCUUCAAGCAACUGGGCCUUCAGGACUGGUCUGAAGCGACGCAACAUCAGUUGGGCAUUCUUCCAGAGUGCUCAGCUGCGGACGAACUGGAAAGCACCCUGGCACGUGCAAUCUUUCUGGUGGCAGUCCGCUCUGGUUUCCUCCAGCACGGCAAGGAGUGGAAGGACUUGUCCAAGAUUGCUUGGCACUUGGCAGCCGCCACCAAGUUCCUGGUGGUGCGCGGUCAGGACGACGCUCAGAGUAGGUUGCAGGUUCAACCUGUGGUGAUGCGAACAUUUGAGCCUGCAAAUGCUCGUGUCGAUGGAACUGCGGUUGUAACCUCGCCGGAUCAGCAUGUCGUUGCUUACAUCAAGAAGCUAGCGACGCAAGAGCGAUGCUUGCCAGGAUACCUGCAGGGGUAUCAGGAGAAACGCCAACCAGCUCUUGCACUGUGUGCUUACAAGUCACCAACUGCUCUCAGACUGGAAGAGAAGAGCAAGCUGAUCACAAAGUGGUUCUUUCGGGCACUGGCCCACUUCACCGAAGUGCCUGAGUCAUCUCAACUGGCAAAGACGCUGAAGCAGGUGCAGGAAGAAGUGCAGAGAAGCCUGCAUGCUGUCGCAGAUUCUUUCAGGAAUCAGCGGAAGCAAUUGGCAGUGAAUGCGAGUGAUCAUAUCUCCAAGUUGGUGCAGGAUGCAGCGAAGCGAGCGAACAAGAAGAGCAGCGUGAAGAAGAAUGAAUGGACCUGGGAUUUGGAGCGUGUCUUACAGAUCGACUCGACUGAUGCCUGGAGACGGCUCCUGGCCGGCCGUGAGUUGCACGACGAGGGGGAGGGCGCCGAUCCCGCUGCGGGUCCCGCUGCAGCAGAGGGACUUGCAGAGGCGGAGGCUGAAGCGGCUGAAGUCGGUGAAAUGGAGAGUGCACCAGCUGCUAGACAUCGUGCGCAGCCUGUGGAGUCUGACAGUGAGGAAGACCUGGAACCGGGGGCAUCUGCUUCUCUGGAGAAGUUCUGCCAAAGGCAGAUCGAGCGCCAGGAGGAGAUGGCCCGUCCACUGGUCCGCCCGGUCUCGGAGGAAGCCGCUGAGCAACUGGCAGCAGGCACCAAGGCACGUGCAGCCACGGCUUUUACGUCCUUCGUGCCACACGGCUUGCCACACGGCACAGAUGAGGGAGGUACCGGCACUUGGGCAGGACAAGCGGGCCAAGAAGGCACCCAAGAAGGCACUUCUGGCGGCAAGGGACCGGUUGACCCCUGCAUUAGCGGAUGGCACCACACUUCGCAGAGCAACGGGAAUGAAGGAGAAGAGGGGGCAGAAGACCCGUCUCAGCAAGCGGGUGCAGCAGUUGACUCAUGGGGAGCGCGACAUGGAGGAGGUCAGAAAGAUGGAAAUGGUGCUGCCGCGACCAGCGCAGCUGGAUCAGCACCCGGCGGCCACGGCUCCGGCCCGAACGCGGCAGACGCUGCGGCAGACGCUGCGGCGGGACCGACGCACCGGGCACCCGCGGGCGGCGGGAGCCGGUGGACCCGUAGCGGGCAGGGCACAAAGGCGACCUCUGGAGAUGCGCAGGAUCGAUCUGGGAGAGGUGUUGGUGUCGGACUUGGCUCCGGCAGCGUCCCCAAGACUGGGGCACCACUCACGCGGAGUUUGAGCGCUCCGGAAUUGAGCAGGAGUGUUCCGCUUUGUGAGCGGCUUCCUUUGGCGGACUUGAGGGAUGGUGGGAUUGCAGCCCAGGUUCGGGCAAGCAUCAUCCAAACAAUGCUGGAAGGAGAUCUACCCAGCCAUUGGAGCUUAGACCCUGCGGUGAUGGAAAUAUUGUGGAGAAUCUUUCACGAAGGAAAGGCAGUCCUGAAUGCUACUGAGGUGCAUCGCCAGAUGGACCCCGUUGAGGAAUGGGUUCGUGUGGACAAAGUCUUCUUUUCACACGAAAACAUCAGCCAAGUGUUUAGCAAUGGUGUGUCGGUGCUGUCCUUGGUGGAGGAUUUGUGGCAAGGAAAAAGCAACUUCUCAGAUCCCCGCUUGCGGCUGGAGGUGGUUUGCUACCAGCACCGAAUUCACAGUCUUUGCAAUCGCCGCCUUUAUGCCUUCAAAGAGUACCAGAAGCGCCUGCAGAAGUAUGAUCGAAAGGCUCCGCCGGUGCAGAUCCACGUGCGGCGCUGGCCUUUGGAUCCCAUCACCGCUAAGUUCGUUUUGGCCUACACCACCACCUGCCAAGGGCAAAGAAUUGCACUUCGGCCUUUUCCUCGCUUCACAGUCAGGAGACCAGAGGCUCAGAAGGCCGCAAGUGCGCAGGAGUCAAGACCGGUCGAGGAUGACUGGAGAGGGGCGGACCCCUGGGCCAUGGGCAGUGACCCAUGGUCGCUUGCGCGUAGCUCACAAGCGUAG